CCCUCGGAGCCUACGUCACCCGUCGGCGUCGAAAGCCCUUCCAAGAGUUGUAGUCCCAUCCCAAGGGGCGGGGCGCCAUUCCCGCCAACGCCAGCCCGUGGGAGGGGUCUCGCCGGCAUGGCGGGGAGCGGGCCGGCGUCCAAGCCGAGGAAACCCGCCAAACAAAAAUGGCAGCCGGAGGGAAGGCGAUUAGACGGCAGGAAAACCUUCCUGACCCGGAGAGAUACGAGCUGUGGUAUGGAGGUCCAGCAGGCCUUGGAGCGGCUGCACAUGACCAUAUUCUCCCAGAGCGUUUCUCCCUGCGGCAAGUUCUUAGCGGCAGGGAACAACUACGGGCAGAUUGCCGUCUUCAGCUUGUCGGCUGCUUUGAGCUCAGAGGCCAAAGAGGAGAGUAAGAAGCCGGUGGUGACCUUUGUAGCCCACGAUGGCCCUGUGUACAGCCUGGUGUCCACAGACCGACAUCUGCUCAGUGCGGGCGACGGUGAGGUGAAAGCCUGGCUGUGGGGGGAGAUCCUCAAGAAGGUAAGGGCGGGGGCUCUGUGCGGGGAACGGAAGGCCGACGUGCCGCAGAGGGAGUCCCUGGAUCUGUCUUGUGCUCUCUCUCUCCCCCCAAGGGCUGUAAGGAGGUAUGGAGCCGGCAUCCCCCAUACAGGUGAGCGGGCUUGUUGGGGGGGGGCCCUGCUAGUGCUGUUUCCUCCUCUCAGGCUGACUCCCUUUGCCCUUCUGAACAGGAGCAGCCUGGAAGUUCCUGAAAUCAAUGCUUUGCUGCUUAACCCGAAGGAGAAUUCCCUCCUCUUGGCAGGGGGCGACUGCCAGCUUCAUACCAUGGAUCUGGAGACAGGGACGUUCACACGCGCACUUCGAGGUCACAGUGAUUACAUUCAUUGUCUAGCUCUUCGGGAAAGGAGUCCCGAAGUGCUGUCUGGGAGUGAGGAUGGCACCGUUCGUCUUUGGGAUCUUCGUACGGGAGAGGAGGUUCAGACCAUCGAAGUUUACAGGCAUGAGGAGUGUGCUCGACCCCAGAAUGGGAAGUGGAUUGGAUGUUUAGCAACUGACUCCGAUUGGAUGGUAUGUGGAGGAGGGCCCGCUCUUACUCUUUGGCACCUUCGAUCUGCCACACCCACCACAGUAUUUCCACUUAGGGCGCCACAGAAGCAUGUAACCUUCUACCAGGACCUGAUCCUCUCAGCAGGGCAAGGACCCUGUGUGAACCAGUGGCAGCUGAGUGGGGAGCUGAAGGCCCAGGUACCUGGCUCCUCUCCCAGCCUGCUUAGUCUCAGCCUCAACCAGCAGCCUGCUGCACCAGAGUGCAAGGUCCUGACAGCUGCAGGAAAUAGCUGUAGGGUUGAUGUCUUCACUAACCUUGGAUACCGAGCUUUCUCCCUGUCUUUCUCCUGACUCCCCUCUCCACCCUUCCCCUCCCCACUUGUUAGGAUCUACUUUGUUGAUUAAAAAAAAAAAGGAAGCCAUUUAGUUCAUUUUGGUGAACUUUCCAUCCACCUAGUCUCUCAGAAACUAAAGCCCAGAUUUCAUAUCCAUUUAUAUAUUACUCUUUUAAACCUUGUUACAUAAAUAACCUCUACGGAUUCCUUCCCCCAACCCCUGGCUAGGGGAAGCGUAUUGUGGUUUAGAAAAGAUAAGCCUAUGAAUAUGCAAAAUAGACACUUCUGAGAGCUAUAUGGAGGGAGGGAGGUUUGGCCUCCCAAAUUCUUCCUUGAUUUGGAAGCCUUCUCUGCCCCACAUCUGUGCUCCAGGAUUUACAGUCUAACUACCCUUUGCCAACCCAUAUCCCCAUGUCAUUGGCCCCCUUUAGCCCUAGCACCCAUGAGCCUUUUCCAGAAAAGUCACCUCCAGGCCACCAGUCCCAUAUGCAGACCAAGCACCCCCUCAGGUCCUUUUGAAAAGGUUAGUAAAGAAGCUACCAGCCCCUGUCCCUCUUCCCAAGGAGAAUUUUGCGGCGUCAUGGUGGGGGACUGCUGGCUGGGAAUUAAGCUCCUUUAGUCGCUGAGA